AUGGGACGACCUAAAGGCUCGUACGGGAUUAAGAGGAUCCAGGCUCUGGCUGGACCGCCGGUGAUCCCGUUAGACGACGACCAGUAUCAGGAGGUGCUUAAAAAGCUGCGAGAUUCGUGGGAAUUGUGCUCAAUAACGCAGUUUCUGUCGUUUUUUAGACCCAUUCUCGGCAUUCCUGCGUCUCCAGAAACCGAUUCGGCUCGUGACGUUCUUGAAGAAGAUCUCAUUGGUCUUAAUGGCCCGGUCGGAGCUCUACUUCCUCAAUUGGUUCGAGCUCUGAUUGCUGCUUUGACAGUCGGUGUUAAAGUAUCUGCUUAUAACGACUAUGAGGAUACAAAUGAACGGUUAUGGAAACUGUUUGUACGAAAAGGAUAUAUUUUUGACGAUGGCGAGACCACGGGAACAAAGAUUUUUGGGAAAUAUAAUGAGGAAACAGACAGUUUUGAGAGAAAGUUCACUGAACUGGAUGCCGAGUCGAAAGUAAAGGCAAUUGCCCAUGUCGUCAGAUGGGUAUCGAUAGAUGACCGGUUUCGAACGAAAAUCGAGGCCAUGGACGUUCCUGUCGAAGAGUUUCGUAUUGCUCCUAUUGGCUGGAAGGGAGAUUUCGGCAGUUAUUAUUUAUUUGACGAUAACAGACUGUAUUUGAAGACGGACUUCGAGCCAUAUAUUGACGAUGUUUUGGAGGCUCGUGAAAAGGAGGAAGAAGAAGCUAGAUUGGCUGCUGAAGCAGAGGCCGAAGCAGCUGCUGCCGCAGCAGCAGAAGCUGCUAGAAAGAAAAAACGACGGAGGUCGAAUCGGCCUUUUGGAUCUUCUUAUAAGAGGCGCAAGAGGUCGACCAGUAACAAGUAUCGGUCAAAGAGUGAAGAUGAUGAAGACAAUGAGGAUAAUGAGGAUGUAGAAGAGGGAGGUGAAGGUGAUGAGGGAAACGGUGGUGACGAUAGUGUUAACCACCAAACUAAUGGUAAUGAAGAUGUGGAUAUGAAACAGGAAGACGGAGAAGCUGAAGCAGAAGACUCAGUACCCGAGCCUGUUCCUACAAUGGGCGAGGCACUAGCUAGAGAGUAUGAACCGGAAUUCGAGUGUGUAUGUUGGCAUUUGGAGUCGUGGAAGGCAUUUGUGGACCAGCUGAAAAAGUCGAAACAGGCUGGAGAGAAGCAACUUCAUAAUUAUCUUGUGAAGCAUGUGAUGCCGGUGAUUGAAGCACACGAAGAAACCCGAGUCAAGACAGCACUUGCUAGAGUCAAAGUACGAACUACAGCGUUGUUAGUGGCUAAUAGAAAACGGUCGUCAAGAUUAGAAGAGAAGCAUCAACGAGAGCUGGAGGAGCAGGCGAUUCGUGAAGAGCAAGACAGACAACGUAGAGUACAAGAGGAAGAAGAACGAUUAGAAAAUGAACGACUCAUGAAAGAAGAACUUCGAGAACAGCGGUUUAUGGAAAGGGAACGUCGUAAACUCGACCGUCAUAGCCAGAUAGAACGACUUCGUUCUAUGACUCCUGCUUCUGAAAAUGGCACUAGUGACGAAGGUAGUUUGCGUAAGAGCAGUAGAAGACAAGAAUUACAACAACAAAAAGCACAACAAGAACUGUCACAAAUGGAGUCGGAAGAUUCGUGGGUGUUUGACUGUACUUGUGGAGUAUACGGAGAGAACUAUGAUGACGGCACUCUCAGUGUUGCUUGUGAGAGGUGCAAUACGUGGAUGCACGUAGCAUGUUUACCACAAGAAGAACGAGAAAGUGUAUUGAAAUCUAUUUCUGAGAAAGAAGAGCAGGAAGAGAACAAGCAGCGGAAAGCUGAAGCUGAAGCAGCAGCAGCAGCAGCAGCAGCAGCAGCUUCUACAGCGACAGAGACAGAAGCAGGUAUUGAUGGUGAAGCAACGAAUGCUACUGGUUCAAACAAUCAGACCGAUGUCACUGCUACUUCUACAACUUCUAAUACGGUUUCUACAGACGAUUCUCGAAGAGCUAGGACCGACAGUUCCGAUACAGAAGCCAGCGAGUAUGCGUUCAUCUGUGACAGAUGUACAGCCAAAGCCAAACGGGACUACGAAAACGCUCUGAAAGCAGCAGCAGAAGCUGAGAGGAAACGACUGGACGAGGAGCGAGAAAGAGAGCGACUGGAAAAAGAACGAUUAAAGGCAGAAGCCGAUGCCAGAGCCCGUGCUCAAGCCAGAGCCCAAGCCCAAGCUCAAGCAGAGGCUCAAGCCAGAGCUCAAGCCAAAGCUCAACUCCAAACUCAAUCACAAGCUCACUCACAAACUCCACACACAGCUCAAUUUUUCCAAUCGAGCUUUCAAGUGCAUCCCCAAACAGCUCCCAAUCCGCCUCAAGGCCAGUUUCAGACACCCGCUGCCAGACCAGGAGGAGGGUUACCAGCCUACGGAUCGUUUCAGACGACAUCAUCGACACCAUCGUCGUUAUCGUCGUCGUCAACGUCGCCUGUCUUAUCUCGACCAAUCCAACCGCACCAAGAAACAACAGCAGCGACGACGAUGACGACGACGAAGACGCCUUCAUCUGAUUCCCAUUCUGGCACCCAUCCUCAGUUAGCAGCUGACAGGCCAGUCCAGCCGGUUAUAAGCAGUCAACAGCCUUCAAACCUGCACGAUCCUCGAUCGAUCGUGCGUCCUGCUCAUGCUGGCACUGGCAGUGGUCAAGCUGACCCAUUUCAAUCACAUCCGGUGAACCAACAGCAGCAGCUGCCGCCUUCAACCCGGGAAACUGUGCUUACAUCAGCACCAGCAACUGUAUCAGCAUCGGUGACAUCAGCUUCACCAGCUUCACUAGCAGCUGUAUCAGCUCCACGAGUACCACUAGCGGGUCCAGCUCCACCAGCGGCAGGAGCAGUCGCAACUCCUGUGUCACAACCACCCCUCAACCACGCCAAUGGCCACGCCAAUGGUACAAUUGCGGGGGUCGGAUCACCAACAACGACAGCGACUUCGACGACGACUCCGUCGACGAAGCCAUCUGAUACACGGCCAACAAAAACAACAUCGAGCGAUUGGCGACAGAACCAGCCCGGAUUGGACUCGACCCGAAACGGAAACACCCUGCCAAGCCACGACCCGCAGUCGCACUCCCCCUCGAGCCCCGCACCCCCUCCUCCGGUCUUAUCUCCUACUAGCACCAAUCCCGCGCUGGCCACACCCAUCAGCAGCGGAGACACUAAUGCACACGAUCGUGUCAAUGGUCACAGCAAGUGA